GUCCGUGAUUGUACAGCGGACAGCCUACUUUAGCACAUUUCUGUGUCCCCCCUCUCCCUUCCCCACCGAAGAAAAUAAGGCAAUUAUACAACCCUUUGCCCCCUCACGCCUGCCCUCCAAAGCGGUCUCAUUAACACAGCAUCCGGCAGUCGUCAAUCGCCUCAUCCAUGCAUUGGAGUCCCGGGUCCCAGUACACCGGCUCCGGCUCCAGCCAUGUCGGCCAGGACUGCAGCGGCUGGCGGCGAUGACAGAGCGACUGGUGAACCGGCAGAGGAUGUGCUGGUGGAGGAAAGCCAAAGCCAUUCUGUCUCUCUGCCCAGCUUAAUGUCCCCAACCUCAGCCGCUGGCAUGUCUGUGAGCAUGGAAAUGCCCAGGAAGCGCAAGGGCAGCAUAGAUAACCAGGAAACAAAAUCAGCUUCCAUUGUUGAUGCGGAUAUGGAAGAUGACCAAGACAGGUCAGAAGGAGAGGACCAACAUGUGAAAAUUAAGUGCUUCAGGGAGCCACACAGCCAAAUUGAGAAGAGGCGGCGAGACAAGAUGAACAAUCUGAUUGACAAGCUGUCGGCCAUGAUUCCUACUUGUAACCCCAUGUCACGUAAAUUGGACAAAUUAACCGUGCUUAGGAUGGCUGUGCAGCACCUCAAAUCUCUCAAAGGUUCAACCAGCUCUUUCUCUGAAGCAAACUACAAACCAUCAUUCCUUCCUGAUGAGGAGCUCAAACAUCUUGUCCUCAAGGCUGCAGAUGGCUUCCUGUUUGUGGUCGGCUGUGAUCGUGGAAAAAUAGUUUUUGUCUCCGAGUCCGUCACAAAGAUAUUACACUAUAGUCGGGCAGAGCUGAUUGGACAGAGUUUGUUUGAUUACAUACACCCUAAGGACAUGGGCAAAGUGAUGGAGCAGCUGUCAGCCUCUGAACCCUACCCUCGUGAACGGCUAAUAGAUGCUAAAACUGGUCUGCAGGUCCAGGCUGACCUCCCAGUCGGUGCAGCGCGGCUAUGUUCAGGUGCACGGCGCUCUUUUUUCUGCCGUAUGAAGUAUAAUAAGAUUUCUGUCAAAGUGGAAGAGAAGGAAUUCCAGGCCAGCACCUCCAAAAAGAAAGAGUCCCAGAAAUACUGUACAGUCCACUGUACAGGCUACAUGCGCAGCUGGCCCACAAGUCAAUUGGGAGCAGAGGGCGAGGCAGAUACAGACAAAGACAGCUCCCAUUUCAGCUGCCUGGUGGCAGUGGGGCGUGUCCACUCCCACACAUCUCCCCAGGUUAAUGGAGAGGUGCGGGUUAAACCCACAGAGUUCAUCACCCGCUACGCCAUGGAUGGCAAAUUCACCUUUGUUGAUCAAAGAGCGACGACCAUUCUCGGUUAUGUGCCCCAGGAACUGCUCGGGACGUCAUGCUAUGAGUACUUCCACCAAGAUGACUUACCACAUUUAGCUGAUAGACACCGAAAAGUGCUGCGAAGUAAAGAGAAAAUAGAGACAAAUUGCUAUAAGUUCAAAACGAAAUAUGGCUCUUUUGUCACUCUACAAAGUCAGUGGUUUAGUUUUGUAAAUCCCUGGACCAAAGAAGUAGAAUACAUCGUGUCAACUAAUACAGUCAUAUCGCAUGACCACAGUCGAACAAGUCGGUCAGGAAGCAAGUCGGACCAGCCAAGCAAUUCCAAGACUUCUGAGGAAGAUGGCAAGAAGUCCCUUGCAGCUAUCCCAGGAAUCCCCAGCACCCCUGGUACCAUGAUUUAUGCUGGAAGCAUAGGGACCCAGAUUGCCAAUGAGCUGCUGGACUACAACAGGAUGAACUCAUCACCUUCCAGUGGUAAUGUCAGUCCGUUCAGUCUGCUGCAGGAUAAGUCUCCACAGGCUCACAAUCAAGCCAGCAGCAAUGUGCCAAAUGGAGAGGCAACAGAUAUGGAAGUACCAGGAAAGUCUAGCUCAGAAGAUGAGCCCCAGGGAGCUCCGUUCUCCGGAGGAGAAACACUCAUGGGGGACAACCCCCAGCUGGAUUUGGAAAGCGUGGUGGGACCGGGCCUCAGUAGUCUUAGUAACGAUGAAGCAGCCAUGGCAGUGAUCAUGAGCCUCCUGGAGACGGACACAAACCUGGGCGAGGCUGUGGACUUUGAGGAGAUCCACUGGUCUUUGUAGACACUUUUCAUAUGGUGUGACUCUGUGGCAAAACCUUGGGCUGUCAGUUCAUUGAUGGAAAGAACUGCUUUGAGUGGUUACUCCAAGAUGCAGCGUUCUUGUUUUUUAAGACUGUUUUUUUUUUUCUUUUAUUUAUUAGUUACCUUUUUCCACAUAAGCUGUGUAAUCUUCAGGUGGCUGCUCUUAACAGGUAGCGGGAUCCAUGACAAUAAGGGACAUCUGCUCUCCCACUUUCCAUCAGAGGAUGUGCCUCUAAAGCCUUACAGCUGUCUGCCUGUCCUGAAACACUGUUCUUCACUGCUUUCCUCCCGUCUGCUGGCAUCCUCUGUGUCUCUAAAGAGGCCUCAGUGUUGCACCUGAAUGUGUGCAGCCUUUGUUUGCCCCUGCCAAACAUUUGAACCCAUGAAAACAAAUGACUGUACAAUGGCUCGGGACUACUGUUUAUAUUUCCCUCCUCUAUCUACACUUGAACAAAGGAUGGGAGUGAUGAGCAAAAAAAUCGCACUGAAUCAGUUCUCUUUUUAUGAGAAAAAAAUUAAGUUGAUUAGGUAUGCUAAAGUUAAGUAAGAGGAUGACACCAAGGCAGGAGACAGACAACCUGGCCCGUCUCUGUGACCGCUCAGGAUCAAGACUGUAGGUAGCCAGUGUAACACAACAGACCACACUUCCAUAACCUCUAACUUUGAGAGUCACCUAACGGUGUGCCGCUCAGAGAUUUUCUCUAACUUCUGUCAGUAUCUGAACAUUUGUCAUACUAACAGUCCAACAACAACCUCUCUGGUACACACAACUUGAACAUACUGUACAUGUGUACAUUUGGUAUGGUUCCAAACACCAUGUCUUCGGGGCGUGCCUGUCUUAAAGGGAUACUUCACUUUGUAGAAUAUUUUCAUUUUUCAGAUUGCACACGUCUUAGAAAUUUAGUUGCAGUCAACAUCCAGCAUUAGCUGCCCUGGAUUUUUUUUUUCUUGCCUAGCUCUAAACAUUGCAGAUACACAAUGAGGUUACAUUCAGUACACAGCAUGAAACACUAUCUGACACAGAAUCUGUAAAUGUAUUGGAAUUAUGUUUUUUAACAAGAUUUUCAAAAAAGAGUCAAAAGAGCAGCCAGUUUUGGUGGUUGACCAUUCAUGAGUUCCUGUGGAUGUGUGAGCGCUGAAAAUUGUAAAUAAUCAUCCAAAGUGAAAUAGCACUUUAAAGGCUGAGGUGGGGGUUUGGUACCAGAGGCCUAACGGUGAACCCAUUUCACAUCUGUGAUGUUUUAGUUUGAUCUCUGAAUCUAAGAACGGUGAAGGCGAUUACUCAGGGAGUAAUAGAAACAGAACCACCCCUUAUAAGCAUUCAUUAACACAUUUCCUACCAAGUGUAGCAUGUAGUAUUUUGUCCUCCAGUUUAAGCUCUGACAUACUUCCUCACAUACUGUACAUUGGUAUUUGGACUAAUGGGACUGGUAUUGUUGGAGUAAAUUGUUCAUCUGUGUUUUUACACUUAUUUUCAGCUUUAUAAUCUUUUACAGGUAAGCCAUAGCUUAAGUUUUUGUUUGUUAUCAGAAUUGUUGUUUUUCCAUGUACUGUUAUGCACUGGCAGUCUGUCAAAAAACUCAUCCAGGUUCAUGUGCUUGUCAGAAACACUCUGGAUUGUCAUGCAUACAUGAAGGGAUUAAGCUAUGCAGCGCUAACAUUCCAGAACUACUCAAUCUUACGGUAUUUUCUUUCCUCUCUCGGCGUGUUUGUCACUCUUAGACCAUGCAUGAUGCAAGAAACUUGCUCCAGAACGUAUAUAGAAAUGAAUAUACUGCCAGCUGUCCGCAUGUUGCAGGGAAUGGUGAUAUGAAGCAAUUGGUUAGAAUUUGAAUGAGCCAUUGAGCUAUGUGGAUCCCAUAUAGACAAUUUACCUCAUUUAGAAUAUUUUGCAUUGCCCAUGCUUGCAGUUGCACAAUUUUGGUUACAACCUAAAAACAAAUAGCCAUUAUACAGUAUGAUCUGUGACGUGUUAGUUUGUGUGGGAUGACUUGGAUCCUGGGGACUCUGCUCUGCCGCAGAGCCGUGUAGCCUCUCAGUGAAGGGCUCCUGAUACACUGUUGAGAAUCAUGUGACUACCAGUGGGCAUUCUGAUGUAUGGUAAAACUCUGAAUUACCAAAGUUUUCAAAUGUCAAGUUGUUGUCAUACAGUGAGCUUCAAAACAUUUGGCAGUGACAAAUUUAUGUAUUUUUGGAUGCCUAUUUUUAAGCCUUGCUGAUGCCAAAUAAUACACUAAUGAUGUUUGUACUCAAUUUGAGGGUAUUCCAUCCAACCAGUAAUUGAGUUCAAUUAUUAAAUUAGAAGAAAUAACAGCUAAAAUCCAGUCUAUAUUCAUCCUCUCUAUUUGUCACAUAGUUAUUUGGGCCAUAUUUGAUACCUGAUACCACUAUACACAACUUUUAUUAUACCAUUUUAUUAUACUUAUUUUAUAUAGUCUACUGGUAAAUUCUCGUAGGGACAAAACUAAAUCGUUGCACUACUGUCAUAAAACAAUUAUUAGAUCUUGACAAGUUGGUGUAUGUUCACAACAUACCAAAAUUACUUUUGUUUUUGUCAACUUGUGCUAAUAUUAAGGCCACUACAAAAUGUGAUCAGUGGUUUAUAUCCUGAGAUUUAAGCGGUCUUUAAUUUUUUCCUCACUCAUUAUUUGACACGCAACCUGAUGAGGGUUCAGAGCCAAAAAAUAGGAACUUCUGUUACUGCUCAAACAUGUAUGGAGCUCACUGUAUUGGUGGUAUGUUGGGACACUAUUUAUAGUCGUCUCAUGAGGCCUGUUAAGGGUUUUCAAAUAAGGACUUGGUUUUAAAGAUAGGAAAACUGUGUUGUAAAUCAUGAAGAACACUGUCGUUUUGUCUCUUGUGCUUGAAUAAUGAGGACCCACUGGGUGGAGGAGCCAAACUCACAAGGACCCGGCUGCCUGUGUCUGAAGUGCCUUGGGACAUUUCUGCACGGACAAACAACACAUACUACCUGUGUGCUUUUGGAAACAUAGCCACCUCUCCUCCUGUCUGGCCUCUCAACAGAUUUGAUUGAAUGGAGGGGUAUUUCUGCAAUUAUUAAAUGUAUCGUUUGAUCAAUCUGAGGUUUAGAUUGAUGCUCCAUGUCAUGCCGCACACAUCAUGAGCUAAUCAGAGGCGUGUUUAUAGAUGAAACAGGCAAAGGGGCCUCAAAUGCAAACAAUCAGAAAUAGCUAUGAAAUUGUGCCAUAGUCACAGUUAUCAUUUUAAAGGCAAAAAGUACAUUUUAUUUUAUUUUCCUCUGUAAAUCACUGCACUAUAUUUGUGAACUCCCCAUGAUUGCAAGACUGCUGACACUACCACUUACCUUGUGGUGGCUGUGAGCUGUUGCUUCUGUCCCAGUUUGAAAUGGAACAAUUAAGCUAGAGUAAUUUUUUUGUUUUGUUUUUUUGUUAAGAUAGGAAAGUUUUUUUGUUAUGUCCUGCUUUGUUGUUACAUUGCAUGCAGCUUUUUGUAUCAUUUAGUGUUUGUUAGUUUUUCUACUUUUUCAUUGGACAUUGGACAUCAUUGGACUUCAGGUGUUUGCCUUAUGAGACAGACUGGCAUGUGUGUGUGCUUUAUGGAGUAACAUUACUCAUAUCCAACAAUCACUGCGCACAACGAAGGUUCUAACAUUGGGCUCAUAUUGGGCAGUUGGGAGCUUGUAAUUGAUAGACAUGUUGUCUAAAGCCUCCAUUGUACCGCUUUCUGCCGCUUUAUGAAUUCAUCCUUAUUUGUCUUUGGGGCUAAAAAUGAAGCACUUACUUGUGUAUGGCAUUAUUGCUGCUACUAUCAACAAGUCUGGGUCAUGGCAAAGAAUCUGUCCAGGCUGCCAUGUAAAAAAAAAAAAAAAAAAAAAAAA